AUGGAGGCGCUCCGCACCAUGUGCGGCGCGCUCAUUCCGUCCCUGCCGGUGACGGCGGAACGGAUCCACGGCGACAGCGACGGCGGCGGCCGCAAGGAUCUCGAGCGGUUCUACCUCGCCUCUGCGGCCGACGGUACCAUCCCCGAAGAGGUCGCGGAGCUGGUCACUCGAUGCGUUUGGGAGGCGGUGGUGCUGGUGAACGUCGUGCUCUGGAUCCUGAGCACCAAGGUGGGCACGUUGGCUCUCUGUGGGCGACUCUGCAUCUCCGGCAAGUUCCCCUACGUCCGCAAGUUCGCGGACAUGCCAGUGGAGCGGCGAGAGCAAGCGAUGACGCGGUGGAACAAGGCGCGGUGGUGGUUCCCCCUCAAAAUCACCUUCGUUGUCAUCAAGAUCCUCUCGCACUACGCGUUCUACACGACGGUAAACGACGACAGGGACAACCCGUCCUGGAAAGCAAUAGGAUACAGCGUGCCGGAGCCGGACGUGGACAGGCCACGGGAAGAAGGUCGAACGGAAGUAGCGCCGUCGCCGCGGCCACUGGACAGUGGCAUCGUGGAGACCAGAUCCCUGAAUGACGCCACGCUGCUCAGGUCACUCACGGAGCGAGGACUGGCGGUGAAAGCAGACGUGUCGGCCGCGCACCACACUGUGCGAUGCGACGUCGUCAUCGUCGGUUCAGGCUGCGGAGGCGGCGUGGCCGCCGCCGUGCUGGCGGCUGCGGGGCACAAGGUCAUCGUCGUGGAGAAGGGGGACUACUUCACAGCCGAGAGCUACACCUCCGUGGAGGGCCCGUCCAUGGAGCGCCUCUACGAGAAGGGAGGCAUCUUCUGCACGUCCAACGUGACGACCAUCAUGUUCACGGGCACCACGGUCGGCGGCGGGUCCGCGAUCAACUGGUCGGCCAGUAUCCGCACGCCGGAGUGGGUCACGCAGGAGUGGGCGCGCGAGCAUGGGCUCCCGAUGUUCGGGAGGCCCGAGUACGUGCAUGCCAUGGACGCGGUCUGCGCCCGGCUCGCGGUGACCGGCGGGUGCCGGGAGGAGGGGUUCCAGAACAAGGUCUUGCGCCGUGGCUGCGAGGCGCUCGGGCUACGCGGCGACGCCGUGCCGCGCAACUCGUCGGAGGGCCACUUCUGCGGCAGCUGCCACCUCGGCUGCCCCACCGGCGAGAAGCGUGGCACCGACACGACGUGGCUCGUCGACGCGGUCGCGCGCGGCGCGGUCAUACUGACAGGCUGCAAGGCCGAGCGUUUCAUACUCGAGAGCAACCCCGGUGGCGUCGAGAACGGCCGGAGCAAGAAGUGCGUGGGCCUGGUGGCGGCGUGCAUGAGCGACGGCAUCACCAAGAAGCUGCGCAUCGAGGCCAAGGUUUCCGUCUCGGCGUGUGGCGCGCUCAUGACGCCACCUCUGCUCCGUAACAGCGGGCUCAAGAACAGGCACAUCGGCCGCAACCUUCACCUGCACCCGGUGUCUAUGGCGUGGGGCUACUUCCCGGACGGCACGCCGGAGGCGGCAGAGCUCAGUGGCAAGUGCUACCAGGGCGGCAUCAUCACGACCAUGCACCGCGUGACCGGCCGCACCAUCAUCCAGACGCCGGCGCUGGGGCCAGGGUGCUGGGCUUCGCUGAUCCCCUGGGAGUCGGGCCGCGACAUGAAGGAGCGCAUGCUCCGGGCCGCGUGCGCUACGCCCCGAGCCGGGAAGACGUGGAGGAGCUCCGUCAACGGGCUGCGCCAGGCGCUGCGCAUCCUGGUGGCCGCCGGAGCGGCCGAGGUGGGCACCCACCGCAGCGACGGGCUCCGGCUGCGGUGCGACGGCGGCCUCCGCGACGAGGACCUGGAGGCGUUCCUCAAGGAGGUGACCGUAGGGAAAGGCCCCAUGCUCCCGGGGCCUGACACGUGGGCGCUCCACUGCUCGGCGCACCAGAUGGGCAGCUGCCGGAUGGGGUCCAGCCCGCAAGACGGCGCCGUGGACGGCCGCGGCGAGAGCUGGGAGGCGGAGGGGCUGUACGUGUGCGACGGCAGCCUGCUGCCCACGGCGGUGGGCGUCAACCCCAUGAUCACCAUUCAGUCCACCGCGUACUGCGUCUCCAAGGGCAUCGCGGAGUCUCUGGCGCGUGACAAGAAACAGUAG